AGUCCAUGUACCGCCAGGCUGUCCGCGCCUUCGUUCCCGUUCUCCAAAACAACGUCCGCAGGAGCUUUCCUGCCAGACGUAUCCUGGUAUCUUCUUCUAGAACACACGCGACAGUACCAGAGUCUGGUCCAGCAGUUACCGCUACGAAUCGAGCCGAGGCUACGCUCAAGAGAUUUUGGAAGAAUGUCGAGAUUGAGAAGCGCGAUGGAGGCUACGCGGUCACUCUGGACAAACGGCCCCUCAAGACGCCCUCAGGAAAACGCCUCAUAAUUCCUCCAGAGAAGAGGCUCGUAGCUGCUCUCAUCGCGUCAGAAUGGGAGAAUCAGGAAACUUUGUUGAAACCCCAUGCCCUUCCUAUGACUUCCAUCGCGUCAAGAGCGUUGGACGCCUUCGAGGACGAGCCGACGCGAGAAGAAGUCCGGGCCCAACUACUCAAGUACUUUGAGACGGAUACAAUCUUCUACCACGCAACCGAACCCGCAACGCUCGUGAAGCUCCAAGAGGCGCACUGGAAGCCCAUCCUCCACUGGGCACGGUCUACCUUCGACGUUGAGAUCGCUACGACGGACUCCUUCCUCGUCCCCUCACAGCCUCCAGAAACCAUUCUCAAGCUCAACGAAGCAUUGAUCAAGUUCAGCCCGUGGGAGAUGGCCGCAAUGGAGCGCGCGACGUACACAUCAAAAUCCUUCCUCAUCGCUCUCGCCCUGGUGAAGCGCCAUAUAGACGUCGACCAGGCCGCCCAGGCCGCUCACGCCGAAGUGAACAGCCAGAUCGAGCGAUGGGGCGAGGUAGAAGACAGCCACGACGUAGACUACCAUGACAUCAGGAGACAGCUCGGCAGUGCUGCGUGUCUCCUUGCAGACUACUAAGGACGUAUAUCGUCGCCUCUGUACCACGUAGAUUGGAACCGUUGGUACUAUGGCCCCC